AUGGCUUCCUCGUCGCGCAGCGGUGAGCACCGCUCUGUUCACCAGGAUUUUAUCGCAAGAAUCCGAUUCUCUAAUGCGCUACCACCUCCUCCCAAUCCGCCAAAGCUUCUCGAUAUACCUAACACUGGCCUCGCAAGCGGCCAAUACACAACCCCCGGUUUCGCCUCGAGGCUAGCCAGGGAGCAGCCACUGAAUAUCGAAGCUGAUGCAGAACUGGGCAUGCCAUUGGACCUGAUUGGAAUGCCAGGCAUAUUUGAUGGCGAUGAAAGCUCUAUCCAAGCUCCUACUCAACCACCACAAAUCCAUCCCCACGAUCGAGCUCUUCUCAGAGGCCCCGGUAGCUUAGGUCAUCCCAAGCUUGCCGAAGCCAACGUAUCAUUCCUCCGACGUACUGAGUAUAUCUCUUCUGUCACCACCAAGCGUCAUGAUGGUGGAGCUUUACGCAGCAACAACCCAGCUCCUAAGCGCCCCUUGAAGCGACCCUCUCCCGAACGAGAUGUUGACUCUCCAGCACACAUCAAAAAGAAGAUAGAUCAGGGCUUUGCCAUAGCAGCUGCGAACCUGAAGGAUAAGAGCAGGGUCAAACAUCCUUCGAAGAGGAACCUUAAGCUGGUUGAUGCCUACCCCUUAGUUCCCGAUCUCGAGGCCUUCCCAGACUCUGGUGCCUAUGUCACAUUCAAGUUCACCCAUAAUCCUCUCCCCGCGACCCGUGUAUACGACAAGCGUCUCCUCAACGGAAUCCUCAAGCCUAUUAGUAAGACCGAAGCUGAGGAGGCUGCUUUCGCGAUGGCCAUGCAGGCCCACGAGCGGGAUCCACAGCACGUCCCCAAGCCACAGAACUUGAUGGACUACGAUUUCUUCCUUAAUGAUAACUUGGACGCAUCUGAGCGAUUCCGGCAGAAGUUUGACAUCGAGAACCCGGACCACGACGAUGACAGUCUCUACACGCACAAAAGCAACGGUAAACCCAACUUCUUAUUCCCACGUGUACGAACGUAUGAAACGGCGCAGGAACUCGAGCUCAACAAUCAAACCAAGUAUGAUGAGGAGGUGGUGCUGGCAUUUAACGAUGAUGAGGCGAUCGACCAGAAGGCAGCAUUUUACUACCCGGUCAUGCAACGCAGCGUUAUUAAACCCCAACGCAACAAGAACAUCGCCCGCACGAUAGGACUCGUACCGGCGGACUUGAACAUUGAGGAACGCAACGUAGACCAACUAGACGUCGUAGUCGAGGAUCCCAGCGACGACAUCAGGGCGUGGAUGAGCUUGUAUAGAGAUCACCCGUACGGCAGAGAAGAUGAAGGAGAAGGUGAGGAAGGAGAGGGCGGGCAGAGCGGACAUGGAGAUGCGGAGCACAGGGAAUCCAACGGCCGAUCCACACAGCAGGUGGAAGACGAGGACGAGGACCAGGAUGCUGAGGGUGAAGAAGAUUAG